GGCACAAGGACCUUCACAUCGACCCCUGGGAGGAUGGCGACUUCAGCAUCUACAAGUUCACUGACCGCUUUGGUUUCAAACAUGAGAAGGAGCUCCCAACGCGAAGUGCCGUGGAGGAGAAGCAAAGACUGCAGGAGAUUGAGCGGGUGGACAAAUGGCUGAAGAUGGUGAAAAAGUGGGACAAGUACAGGAACAGUGAUAAGAUGGCGAAGCGUGUGUAUAAGGGCAUUCCUCUUCAACUGCGAGGACAGGCCUGGUCACUGCUGCUGGAUGUGGAGAGGCUCAAGCAGGAGAACAUGGGCAAAUACGAGAAAAUGAAGGAGCAAGCCAGGAACUUCUCCACAGAGAUCAAACAGAUCGACCUGGACGUGAACCGCACUUUCAGAAACCACAUCAUGUUCAUGGAGCGCUUCGGAGUCAAGCAACAAGCCCUGUUCCAUGUGCUGACAGCGUACUCAGUGUACAACACGGAGGUGAGCUACUGCCAGGGCAUGAGCCAGAUCGCCGCCAUCCUGCUCAUGUACAUGAACGAAGAGGAUGCCUUCUGGGCUCUCUCCCAGCUGCUGACCAAUCAGAAGCACGCAAUGCACGGGUUCUUCAUCCCGGGGUUCCCCAAGCUCCACCGCUUCCAGAGCCACCAUGAGCAGAUCAUGUCCAAACUUCUGCCCAAGCUGAAGAAACAUCUGGAAAGGGAGCAGAUGUUAACAGGGAUCUACACCACCAAGUGGUUCUUGCAGUGCUUCAUUGACAGGACUCCGAUCACACUGACCCUUCGUCUGUGGGACAUCUACAUCCUGGAGGGGGAGCGGGUCCUCACGGCCAUGGCCUACACAGCCCUCAAGCUGCACAAGAAGCGUCUGCUGAAGAUGAACCUUGAGGACCUGCGGGAGUUCCUGCAGGAGGAGAUUGCCACCUCGUACUGCGUCAGCGAUGACCUGGUCAUCGAGCAGCUGCAGGCCUCCAUGUCCGAGCUGCGCAAGAUGAAGCUGGACCUGCCUCCACCAGCAAAGGGAGAUGAGCAGCCAAAGAGGCCGCUGGGUCAGGAGCGGCCAGUGCUACUGACCCCAGUACAGCCCCAGGACGUCAUCUCCCCGGACAAAACCCCCUCUCCCGUCUCCCAGUCGGAGCCCAGGACCCUGGGGCAUGCGGAGCCCCCACCUUUGCCCUCGCCGGACGCUGUGCUCGUGCACAGCCAGUCCCCGCCGACGCCGGAGGAACAGCCGAGUGUGGCUCCGCCACCAAGCAGCAGUAGUACGGUGACCGUCAGUGGACGAAACGAAGCGAAAGGUCAGGGGAACGGUGGCACCGUCGCGGCUCCGGAGUGGCCGCCGCCUCCCUGCCAGCCCCCGGAGCCGGACAGGCGCAGCGUGGACUCGCUCAACCUCCCGGACCUGCCGCCGCCACCUCCACUGUACAGCGACGAGCCGCAGCCCCCAGGGCGGCCGUCUGCCGUCUGCCCGGGCGGCUUCCCCGGCACGCCCGAGCCGCUGGCGCUGAUCCUGGAGGAGCCGGGCGCCCGCAUCGCACUCCAGCCGCCCCGCUUUCCCAUGAGCCUCGGCGUGCCCUCGCCCAUGGGCGACCGCCGGCCCUCCAACACGUCGCAGUACGACAACCUCUCGGAGGGCGAGCCGCGGGCCGACACAGAGGACGAGGAGGAGGAGGACCGCUACCUGCAGAGGCUCCUGGAGCAGGCGGCCGGCCUGGCCCACAGCCCCAGCUCAGCUGCGGGCUCCAGGCAGCAGCAAGCACGGAGCCGCGGCCUGCCUCCACCCCCACCCGCCAGAGACCUCUCCUCUUACACUCUCCCCCCGCCCCCGCCCAGCUUCUGUGUCCCAGACAAGCCCCCCACCCCACCUCCAGGAUUCCGCACCCCUACGCCCCCCCACCUGCCCCAGGAGCUGGAGUACCAGGGCCAAGACAGCUGGGUCACUCCGGACUCCGUGUUCCCCUUGCCACCACCCUGCUUUGCUGACCGCCUCUCCCUGACCCCAACGCCGCCGCCUCCACCCUCCACCACCUCUCCCAGACCCUGUGUCCACUCCGCCAGCAGAGAGGCCCUCCGGCUGGGGGCUAUGGGCCACCGCGGGUCCCCCUCCUCAGGGCUGCGAAUGCCCCCGGGGCCUCCACCCGCCUCCCUGAAACCCACCGUACAACCCCCAGGUGCCCGCGCAGCACUCACACCCGACACGGACUUCUACCGCCUGCACGCGACCACCCACCAGCUACCAAAGUCGGUGACCUUCUAGGAGCCAUACUAGUCUUACCACCAAUGACCCUUCCUUUACUUUUCAUGUGUAUUUAUACUGUUUUAGCUAUUCAGUAUGUUCUGCAAAAUUUGGUAGACAGCAAAAAGAGAAGUGUUUUGUUUUAGUUUUUAUGAACAUUUUCUUACUUGGGGAUCAAACGUUUUAUAAAUAUUUUUCAUUCAGAAGCUGGACUUGUAUGAAGGGCAUAUUUAAUUUUAAGUUGUAUGUGUGUUUGUAGAGAGUUUGAAAUUAUUGUGUGUGUGUGUGAGUAUGUGUGUCCUUGAAUGCAAAGAAAGGUCAUGAAUGCUUAACCUAUGCUUAAGUGUUAGUAUGAGUGAACUCCCUUAAGCAGUAUUAAUACAAGAAGCACCGAGAAAUCACUUCUCCACUCUAUCAGGCUGUAUUGAAUCCAACAAGGCACUCCUGUUUGAAGCCCUAACUGGUCAUCUCCAGAAAUGCCCCCCACUUCCUCUGCCCACCAGCCUGGUGCUGUGUGAGCAGGUUCACCGAUGUCCUCCCAGUGUCCACAGCCUGCCAUGCCCGUAUUAGCAGACGCUAGCGGCUCUGCUGUUUGUCACGCAUAUCGUCAUGGAAGUCGCACCUUUUAAAUGUGCACCACCACGCACACACACUCGCACAACCACGCAGAAACUAAUCUGUUAUCACUUCCUGUUUGCUAGCGUGUUGGCUAUGAGCAAUACUUCCUGAGUUCUGCAGUCAUCCUCUUUUUUUUGUUUUCGUUUGAAAUUGUAAAUGUAACAUUUUUCUAGUCUUGGCUUUGUUUUGAUAUUACAGUGAGCUUUAUUAAAAAAGGAAUACUAUAAGCCAAAUGUAAAUAGGAUGGUGGUUAUAUAUAUAUAUAUAUAUAUAUAUAUAGAAGACACUUUUCGAUAUCGUACUGAACUAAGGCGUCAACCAGGGGAUGUCCCAGUAGUGUGUAGAUGGGUGUCUGCUGUGCUCACGCUACCAUUAUAUCAGAUGUCCGACAGGAGUGUAACAGCCAAGUGCCAUUUCUGAAGCAAUAGCGCCACCUGGAGGAGGCAUCAUUUAUUGGUGUUCUGAAGUUCAUGUUUUCUUUUUUUUGUUCUCAUGAAGGUCAUAUAAUGCUUUAUUAAUUUAUAAUGUUGUCUGUUUUUUAUAUUUCUUUUCUACUCAUGUUUGUGUUUUGUGUACAGGAAGUAUUUAAGUUUUCAGCACGAGUGUCUCAGGUGCAUCCUCUUGUUAAGGAGAGGAACCAACCCAAAGGCUGUUGAAUGGUGUGAUAUCACAUUAGAAAAAAAAGAGAAAGCUUUACUUCUG